AUGAACGCUCUUCGUUCUACAAAGCAAGCAUAUCAUUGGUUUGAAAACCAACAGGCAAAAGAACUUUUAGAAGAAUUUCCUCAUAUGAUUGCUUCCCUCGGAAAACCGAGGGAAGAGAUUCCGUACGAAAAUCGCAAGAAUUUGGCACCUGGUUUGAAAGGUUAUUAUGUUCAUAGACUUUUAGUAAAUGCUGUAGCAAUGUGGGCUUCACCUCGUUAUGCUUGUUAUAUUUUCAUGAUGUUAGAUGAACUAUAUAAAGCAGAACGCGAACAGAUGGAAAAGAAACUUCAAGCAAAAGAUGAAGUCAUUGAAUCCAAAGACAAAAGCAUACAGAAAAGAAUACCGCGUUCAGUACCAAAAGGAAAGGAAAAGAACUAUAAGUAUAUGAUUUAUACUGAAGAGUUGGAGAAUGAAGAAGAUAAAGAUAUGGUUAUGUUGCAUUUAGUCAGAAGAAACAACAAAAGCUUUUACGACCUUGCUAAAAUAUAUAAAUCUGACAGAAACUGGUUCUAUCGUGAAAACUUACCGAUUUCAAUGACACCGAAUGAGCAAAUAAAAGAAAUUGUCAAAAAUACUCUUCCUCAAACACACUAUGACAUCAAAG